AUGGAGCUCGUGGUGACGCUGCCGGAUCUGCUUCGUCACCAAGGCUGCUGGGAGGCCAACUUUUGGCGAGUACAAGGACCACUCGGCCCUUCUCCGCCACUACAGGAGGCUGCACGACCCGGAAACGGUUCCCGUUUUCGAGUGUCAGUAUUGCAGCCGACGCGACCCGCGGCUGAAGACGCUGCAUCUACACCAGCGGCUCUGCAAUGCAGAGUCCGCCACCCCCGGCGCUACCAGUCGGGGGAGGGUGAGUAUGGGACACGAUGCCGUGCCUGGCUCUCUGGGGCACCCAGAGAAGUCACCGGCGGGAGGUCACAGGCGAGGGCCCCCGAAGUUAGUAGGACAGGCCCUUCGUCCUUAGUUAGUGCUGGGCGAAAGCCACAGGCGAAAGCGGCCCGGGAAGCUAGUACCACAGGCCGCCUAGCCUUAGAUAGAGAAGGGGCCUAUGGCCACAUCCCAGUCCGGUCCCCGAAGCUAAGUAGGACAGACCGGCUGGACUUAGGACUAACUUACGCGGCGGUCCUGACCCGCAGCAGCGUGGUGGGCUCACAGGCUGCCUUGCCCUCACCCUGUGUGAGUGUGCAGGCGUCGGUGACAUCCAGGACGGCGGUGGUUGCUACCCCCGCGUCGUGCGUACUGUGUGUGCGCACGCCGAGGAGGUCUGGCAUCCCCCUGCCGAUACGCUCUGCGACGUCAACCGCGUCGCCACGAGUGACGAGCUCAAGUUCGGUAGGUGAUAGCAGCACGCUGCCGACGCCUGCCGCCGAACGCGUCGCUCCGGCCAGAGGUGCAGUGUCUGGCGAAGGCCGCGGCUCGCCGCUGCUCGCGCCGGCCACUGUACCCAGUGGCGUACGCUGGCCACGUCGUGCGGCUGCCGCAGGCGCCUCCCGACGGCCAUCUGUCGGGAGCGUGGGUACCGGCCUGGGACUGCCGUCCGCAUUCGCUCCGCCGCCAACAGGUGGCACCGCGAUGCGGGUGGACAGUGGCAGGCAGGCUGUCUCGCUCGCCGCGACCGAUGGUGUUGUCACUCACGGUACAUCCGCGCUGCCUGUUGACGCACCAAAGGCAGCACGCUGUGCGGUCACAGACGUACACGCGCCGCGUUUCCUCUGCCCUGCCGGCGGCUACGUCGUGUGA